AUGUACAAUACUUCUGGACCUCCCAACUCCAUGAAGAAGUGGGUUGGGAGUAUCCUGUUGUAUUUCUUCAAAUUGAGAUGGUGGCACCAGCAAGUUGAUUUUCAUUCUGCUUUCUUAUACUAUUUGGCACAAACUGUACCAGACAUUUACUUUGAUGAAAUAGAACCAGAAUUAGAAAAACAGGAGGAAGCUGCUCAGAUGAUGAUAUUAACUCCACUGGAAUGGUACCUAUUUAAAGAAGAUCCAGCUCUUUCUUUAGAGAAAUUGAAACAAAGUGAAGCAUUUCAACUUUGUGGGAAGGUUUUCAAAAGUGGGGAGACGACAUACUCUUGUAGGGAUUGUGCAAUUGAUCCAACAUGUGUCCUCUGCAUGAACUGUUUCCAGAACAGUGUUCACAAAAAUCAUCGUUAUAAGAUGCAUACUUCUACUGGAGGAGGAUUUUGUGACUGUGGAGACACAGAGGCAUGGAAAACUGGCCCAUUUUGUUCAAUCCAUGAACCUAAAACAAUGCGGUCUAAUAAUGAGAAUUUAGGUUGUCCAUUGACUGAAGAGGUAAUUGGGCAAGCCAAGAAGAUAUUUCCUUCAGUGAUAAAAUACAUUGUAGACUUGACCGUUUGGGAAGAGGAAAAAGACCUGCCAACUGAACUCCAGCUUGGGGAAAAAACUGAAAGAUACUACUGUGUCCUUUUCAAUGAUGAACACCAUUCUUAUGAUCAUGUUAUAUAUAGUCUACAGAAAGCCCUUAAAUGUGAACUUACUGAAGCUCAAGUGCAUACCACUGCCAUAGACAAAGAGGGUCGUCGAGCUGUUAAACUAGGGUCUGGUGUUCAUUGUCGGGAAGCAAAGGAAAAUAUCAAGUUUCAUUCAGAAAAUGUUUCUCAGCAUCCACUUCAUGUAGAAGUUCUACAUGCUGAUGUUAUGGCUCAUCAGAAAUUUGCUUUGCGCCUUGGCACCUGGUUAAACAAACUUAUGAGCUAUUCAAGUGAUUUUCGACAGAUCUUCUGUCAGUCCUGCCUCCAAGAAGAUGUCACUGGUGAUCCCUGCCACAUAAGCAGGUUAAUGCUUUGGGAUGCAAAACUUUAUAAAGGUGCACGUAAGAUACUUCAUGAAUUGAUCUUUAGCAGUUUUUUCAUGGAAAUAGAAUAUAAAAAACUCUUUGCCAUGGAAUUUGUGAAGUUUUAUAAACCACUGCAGAAAGACUACAUCAGUGAUGAUCAUGAUAGAAGUCUCUCUGUGACUGCAUUAUCAGUUCAGAUGUUUACUGUUCCUACUCUGGCUCGUCAUCUCAUUGAAGAGCAGAAUGUUAUCUCUGUCAUUACUGAAACACUGCUAGAAGUUUUACCAGAAUACUUGGACAAGAACAACAAAUUCAACUUCCAGGGUUACAGCCAAGACAAAUUGGGAAGGGUAUAUGCAGUUAUAUGUGACCUCAAGUAUGUCCUUAUCAGUAAGCCCAUAACAUGGACUGAGAAAUUAAAAAUGCAAUUUCUUGAAGGUUUUCGAUCUUUCUUGAAGAUUCUUGCAUGCAUGCAGGGAAUGGAAGAGAUCAAAAGACAAGUAGGGCAGCACAUUGAAGUGGAGCCAGACUGGGAGGCUGCUAUUGCUAUUCAGAUGCAGUUAAAAAACAUUCUUUUAAUGUUCCAAGAAUGGUGUGCUUCUGAUGAAGAGCUUUUAUUAGUGGCUUAUAAAGACUGUUAUGAAGCUGUGAUGAAAUGUACUACAAGUAACAUUUCUAAUGAAAAAUCUGUAAUUUACUUGUAUGGCCACACUUUGGAAUGUAAGCCCUACAGAGUAUCUAUAGAUCCUGUCAGCAUACACUUGCCACUCUCCAGGACACUUGCUGGUCUUCAUGUACGUUUAAGCAAAAUUGGAGCCUUUUCAAGACUACAUGAAUUUGUGCCUUCAGAAGAUUUUCAAGUGGAGUUGCUGGUGGAAUAUCCCUUGCGUUGUCUAGUUUUGGUGGCUCAAGUUGGGGCUGAUAUGUGGCGAAGAAAUGGUCUUUCUUUGAUUAGCCAGGUAUUUUAUUAUCAAGAUGUUAAAUGCAGAGAGGAAAUGUAUGACAAAGAUAUCAUCAUGCUUCAGAUUGGUGCAUCUUUGAUGGAUCCCAACAGUUUCUUGUUAUUGAUACUUCAGAGGUAUGAACUCAUUGAUGCUUUGAGGAAGCUUGUUCCCACCAAGGACCAGGAUUUGCUUAAACAAUAUAAUGCACUAAUUGAAGAAAUGCUUCAGCUCCUCAUCUACAUUGUGGGAGAACGUUAUGUGCCUGGAGUGGGUAAUGUGAGCAAAGAAGAGGUUAUCAUGAGAGAAAUUGUCCACUUACUUUGCAUUGAGCCCAUGCCUCAUAGUAUCAUUGCCAAAUCUUUGCCGGAGAAUGAAAACAAUGAAACUGGCUUAGAGAAAGUCAUCCACAAAGUGGCCAUAUUUAAGAAACCGGGUGUAUCAGGCCAUGGAGUUUAUGAGCUGAGGGAGGAAUGCAUGAAAGAAUUUAAUAUGUUCUUUUAUCACUACUCCAAAACACAACACAGCAAGGCUGAACAUAUGCAGAAGAAAAGGAAAAAGCAAGAAAACAAGGAUGAAGCACUACCACCACCUCCACCUCCUGAAUUCAGCCCUGCUUUCAGCAAGGUGGUUAAUAUUCUCAACUGUGAUAUCAUGAUAUACAUUCUCACAACAAUACUGCGUAGGGCAGUGGAACUGGAUAGUCACUUAUGGACUGAAGCUAUGGUCCAAAUGGUAUUUCAUCUUCUUGCUCUGGGUCUGCUUGAAGAGAAACAACAGCUUCAAAGAGCUCCUGAAGAAGAAGUGACCUUUGACUUUUACUAUAAAGCUUCACGUUUGGCAAGUUCAUCUGGGAAUGUUCAGAAUAUACAAACACUUUUGGAAAAACUGAAAGGAAUUCCUCAAUUGGAGGCUCAAAAGGACAUGAUAGCUUGGAUACUGCAGAUGUUUGAUACAGUGAAACGACUGAGGGAAAAAUCUAGCUUAACAGUAGCAACUGUAUCGGGAUCAGAACUUAUCAAGAGUGAUGAGAGUAUGCAGGAUAAAGAAAAGGCAGAACGAAAGAGAAAAGCAGAAGCUGCUAGGCUACAUCGCCAGAAGAUCAUGGCACAGAUGUCAGCCUUACAGAGGAAUUUCAUUGAAACUCACAAACUCUUGUAUGAGAAUACACUAGAUCUACAAGGAAAAGAAAAUUCUGUUGUGGAGGAAGAGAGCAUACCUAUGGCCAUUGACUCCUCUAGAAUUGCAUUGGGACCUAAACGUGGUCCUUCUCUUGGUGAAAAAGAAAUGCUGACUUGUAUUCUAUGUCAAGAGGAGCAGGAAGUGAGAUUAGAAAAUGCUGCCAUGGUUUUAUCAGCCUGUGUUCAGAAAUCCAGUGCUUUAACUCAGCAGAGGGAAAAACCUCUGGAACUUUCAGGGGAAAUUCCAGAUCCACUUUUCAUGGAUCCUAACUUGACAUGUGGAACUCACACUGGCAGCUGUGGUCAUGUCAUGCAUGCAGUCUGCUGGCAGAAGUACUUUGAAGCUAUACAGAUUAAUUCUCGUCAGCGCCUUCACGUUGAGUUUUUUGAUUUGGAGAAUGGAGAGUAUCUUUGUCCUCUUUGCAAAUCACUGUGCAAUACUGUGAUCCCCAUUGUUCCUUUACAAAUACAAAAGAUAAACAGUGAGAAUGCAGAAGCUGUUGCUCAACUUUUGUCCUUGGCACGGUGGAUAGAAACUGUUAUAGCUCGAAUAUCAGGAUACAGUAUGAAAAAUGCUAAAGGAGAGAAAUCAAAAGUUUCAAUCUUGGUCAAUCAAGGAAUGGGUGAUACUACUUUGGAAUUCCAUUCUAUUCUGAAUUUUGGGAUUCAGCCUUCAGUCAAAUUCUCUAGCAGCAUAAAAGAGAUGUUGGUUCUCUUUGCCACAACAAUUUAUAGAGUUGUACUGAAGGUGCCUCCUGAUGAAACUGAUCCUCGGAUUCCUGCAAUGACCUGGGGCACCUGUGCUUUCACCAUCCAGUCUAUUGAAAACCUGCUGGAAGAUGAAGGCAAGCCUCUUUUUGGAGCCCUUCAGAAUAGACAGCACAGUGGCCUGAAAGCAUUAGUACAGUUUGCUGUGGCACAGAGAAUUACCUCUCCUCAGAGCCUGAUACAGAAGCAUCUAGUCCGUCUCCUGUCAGUUAUUCUUCCUAACCUGAAAUCUGAUGAUACACCAUGCCUUCUUUCUGUAGAUCUGUUUCAUGUUUUGGUGGGUGCUGUUUCAUCCUUCCCAUCUUUGUAUUGGGAUGAUGCUGUUGCCUUGCAACCUUCUUCAGUUAGCUCUUCCUACAACCACCUUUAUCUCUUCCAUUUGAUCACGAUGGCUCACAUAUUCCAGAUACUUAUCACCAUAGAGACAGACCAUUUACCUACGCAGUUACAAGAAGAUAGUGAGGAGGCUCGCUCUGCAUCUUCUCUCUACACAGAAAUCUCUCAGUAUGUUAAUGGAUGCAUCAACUGUGAUGUUCCUGGUUCCUAUUUAUGGGAUUGUGUGAAGAAAGGCAUUAUUCCUUACCUUCGAUGUUCUGCUUUGUUUUUCCAUUAUUUGCUGAGAGUGCCACCACCUGAAGAAUUACUUUCAGUUUGUGAGGAAGGGCAAUUCAAUGCACUCUGCAGUUAUUUAUCCUUACCCACCAAUCUGUUCGUGCUUUUCCAAGAAUAUCGGGAUACUGUAAUCCCCCUACUCCAGAGGUGGUGUUCUGAUCCUGUCUUACCAAGCUUUUUGAAAGGAAGAGAUACUGCAGUCAGGUACCCAAGAAAAAGAAAUAAAUUGAUAGAACUUCCAGAAGACUAUAGCUAUCUUCUUAACCAGGCUUCUCAAUUCAGGUGCCCAAGGUCCUCAGAUGAUGAACGAAAGCACCCAGUUCUGUGUCUCUUCUGUGGAACCAUGUUGUGCUCACAGAAUAUUUGCUGCCAAGAAAUUGUGAAUGGAGAGGAGGUUGGAGCCUGCAUUUUUCAUGCCAUUCACUGUGGAGCUGGAGUCUGCAUGUUUCUAAAGAUCAGGGAAUGCAAAGUGGUCCUGAUUGAAGGCAGAGCCAGAGGCUGCUUGUUUCCAGCCCCCUACCUGGAUGAAUAUGGAGAAACAGACCCUGGGCUCAAGAGGGGCAACCCCCUACAUUUAUCUCAUGAGCGUUAUCAGAAACUUCAUUUGCUCUGGCAGCAACAUCGUAUUAUAGAAGAAAUCGCAAGGAGUCAGGAAACCAAUCAGAUCUUAUUUGGAUUCAACUGGCAGUUACUUUGAGUCCCAGUUCCUCAGAAGAGUCACAGAUGAAGGCAAUAAUGAAGACUGGUCUAGAAUUUUGGACACGUUUUGGAGAACUGAGAUGGGGUGGGGGGAGGGGGUGGCAAAGGGAUCAUUCCUCAGUUCCUGAUUCAUAUCUUUCAAUAAAAUAUCCCUUAAUAGAUUUUUGCUUUCAGUCAGCAAGCUUGACGCCUCAAGAUAAAGCAUAUGCAUACCUAUAUAUUAACCUGUUUCUGUUGUAGAACACUGAAGAAAAUAACUUGUCUGCCCCACAAUUGUUAAGAUUCUGCUAAUAUUUUAAGGAAAUAAUUUUCCUCUUUAGAGCUAUCCUUCUUCAAUAAUCAUGCCAGAAAUGAGAGGGUAUUUCAUAGUUCUCACUGUAUAUUUGGUGGCAUUUCUUGAUAAAAAUGCCAUCCAAGAAGGUGUGGGACAUUUGUUUGUUUGUUUUUAAGUCUGUGUGACACCAGCCAUCAGACUAGAGCUGCUAUUUCUUCUCAUUAUGAUUCUUCCUGGUCUUUUGUCCUUGUUUGGCUUUAAUCAACUAGACCAGCAUUUAUAAUGAAAUGGCAGAAGAAAAGCAGCAGGGACAAGAUGAUAAUUGAGCAUAAUAACCUCAUUUCCAACCAGAAAAGGCAUAAUAAAGGACAAGAGUGUUAUUAGAAUGGAAGAAAAAUUCCAAAAAGUAAAAAUUCCAUCUCUCUUCUGGGAAUAUGCCCCAGACAUGCUUCUUGCUGCUGCUUUUCUUAGUCAGAGCUUUGUUUUUUUGUUGUUGGUUUUUUUUUUUUUCUUAUUGUAAAACCCUGAGGGCUAGAAUUGUGUAGUCUUCCUGAUGUUAAAGUGAGUCUUGUAACUGAUAUCAUGGACCCAUGAUAAAAAAAAAAAAAAAAAAAAAAAAAAAAACCAACCCUGCACUUUCCCUUUUUUAGGGCCUAGAUUCUAACAUAAGAUCACAUCCUUUGUCCUGGUGCCAUUGUAUGUAACUGACAGAAAUCUGUUCAGAUACUGGUGUUUAGUAGCCAUAGGACCAUAAUGAAUAAUUCCCCGAUGAGCAUGACAAAUAUUGAUUUCAAUGACCAGAUUUGGGCCAAUUCUGUUAUAGUUUAUAUCUUCCUGGAAGACUUUAAAUCUUUGAUUCAUCAUAUAUGUGCAGCCUUUCAUAAACUCUAGUUUUAUGACAGAUACAGACAACCCAAAAAAAGCCAUGUGAUCAACAGUCUGUUUCUCUGUCUUGCUGUAACAUGCAGUAAUCGAGCCUCCUUGCUUAUAAAUAAUAGUGCUUUUUAGAAUCUGCCUAUAGCUUUCUGGGUUCUUAGCCAUAAUUUUUAUAUGAAGGGAACUUGUUAUGCAAAGCUUUAAGGAAAGGAUAAAUCGAAGCCCUCCAUUAGCUUCCAUGACUUCUAUGCCUUGGGAGUCUGAAAGAUCCAUUCAGAGAAUGUAUUUUGACUUUGAUGAGGACUGUCUUCCAUUUAUGUAUAAUGAUUUCCUCUCCCAUUACCUCUUUAUAAAAACAAGUUAAAAGUUUGUAUGCCAGAUGUUUGUGGAUACACAUUUGUAUUUAGUUUUGUGUUUUGUUUUUCUUUUGAGGAGGGAAAGGGAAAAAGAAUCUGCCAGAGGUAUCAGGAUAAUCAUGAUUAUUAUACUUGAAUAAUUCUACAGCUUUGAUUCUAAGCACUUAAAAGGUAUUCAGAAGAUAACUCAGCAGUAGGAAACUUGUUGAAUUAUGGAGAGUUGGAUGAGUUUGAAAUGUUCAGUGCUCAGUUUGAUAAAUUUGCUGAUAUGGUGAAAAGACACAGAUUUCUCCCUUUUAGGUUUCUUCUAGAGUUCAGCAGGUUGCACUAAAUAUUUAGCUGGGAGAUGUGGCAGGGUGCUGGACAAUAGCAGCCAGCUGUUGACUUCUGCCCUGAUUCAUAAGCCCCUAUAUAAAUAACUUUAUAAAGCAAAGGCAGAUUCUUCAGAAGAAUAAUUUCUUCCUGCUUGACUAGUCUUUUCCAUUCAGUUCACAAAUCCUGAUGUUAAACCAUCAGGCUGCCAGAGGUACUUCCUGGCAGUGGCUAGUAAAAUCUUGACUGCCAAAGAAUCCAUCCCAAGAGAUGGGUACAUAGAGACCUACUCACAACUUAGUGUUGGCACUUGUGUGCACGGACUCACUGUUCAGUGUUGCUAUCAAAUGAAAGUUUCUAUGUAUGUUAGAAACCUUCUAGCAGUUUGCACAUAAAUAGUGCAGACACAGAAAUGGUGCAUUCAGAAGUCAUGAACACACAAGGUCACUUUUUUUCCCACUGAACCAGGAACCUGUUCAUGAAGAUGCUCCUAAAGCAUGUUUUUCUAAUGUCUGGGGAAAUGGGGCAGGAGGUCUUUGCAGUAGGAAAAACAUGUUUCUGUAUAGUUAAUUUAUUAUUCUAAUAUAUGAGCUACAAGGUCAUCCACUAAUGGUCAUUUAUCAUUUCAUAACCUACUAUGCAUUUUGGUUCACUGUGAGGAUAAUCUAUGGUGAUUGUAACAUGUUCAUGCCACUGAUUCAAAUUCCAUUCAGACAAACAAAAGUUCAGAAGUUAUUCAAAAUGAUGCAUAUAUUGAUAUCUUUUAUUGCAAAAUGUAAAUUUAAGACUUGUAAUAUGUUCUUGUGCUUUUUGAAAUAAAUAUUAUAUGUGUAUAUUUAAAAAGGAAAUAAA